AUGCAACAAUCAUGUAAAGAAUGUUUUCAAGCGCUUGGUUGUUUCGAUUAUAACGCCGCGAAUAAACUUGUAAAUAAGGCAAUCAAGUUAUCUUCAGGAGCAGGGAGCGUCUUUGCUGCUUUAACCAAAUGCGAAUCAACUUACACCUCAUUAGAAUUUUUGAAAAGCAAAUUAUUUCGAAAAGAUGAUUUUCUUGUAAUUCAAUACAUAGAAACCGUAAAAGAAAUCCAAAAUGCCGUAAAAACACUGAAAAUAUCACCGAAUGGAACUGAUCCGUUGGAUGUGGAGUAUUUUAUUGAUCUUUGUGAAGGACUACAAGAGUUUAUGGUAAUUCGUCAAGCUCAGAUUCACAUAUUUAGAACGAUACAGAAUGCAUUUACAGAUCCAAAGAAUGAUUCGAUUGUUAAAGAAAUCGAAUCUCUCAGAGAAAGGGUAAACACAUAUCAACUCAAAAAGAAAAUGGGACCGUUGGGCAUUGGCGUUGAGCAUGAAUUAGUCAUGUUUCAUGAUUUACUUAUGGCGCACAAUGCAAUCGUCAAUUAUAAUUUCAAGGAUGCGACGAUUUUUAUGUACACUGCCAGAAUGGAGUUAAAUACAUGGCGAGAAUUAUGCUCAAAUCAAAGCUAUUCUGAGAAAUCCACAAAUAAACUCGAAGAAACAUCAAAAGGUUUUGCUUGGCAUAAUUUUUUCUCGACAAACCCGGAGAAACAAUCCAAGGGCGGGAAACGUGACGCCUCACCGAAUUAUAUGCAGUGGCUGAAAAAGUUUCAUUCGAAUUUAACCGCAAAUAUGACUUUAUACUUUAUGAAUGUUUUGUUGGAUCGAGAACAAAUAAUGGGCGGCGAUUUGAGAUCACUUUGGAAAAAGAUCGAUAAGAUUGACGCAGAAGAUUAUCAUGGCUUAAUUCGAUCAUUUCGGAAAAAAUCUGGAGCUCAUAGUGUUGCCUUGAUUUACGAAGUAACAGAUGACAUUAAAUUUCAUCAACAAGGAUAUGUUUGUGCCGGUGUACCUUAUGAGAAACCUACUGGGAAAAAUUCAUUUCCUUUUAUUUACUGUUAUCCAAAGGAUCUUCCUAAAGAACACUGGCCAAACAUUAUUUCGAUUAUGCAAAGUCACGAUCCCACCAAAUCCACACCAUUCUAUCGAAACAUUCCAAUCCAUUUCUACGACAAGGGAUUUGGUAGCACGUAUUAUAUGAUACGUGUAGAUGCUCAUGUUGGUCUCGUGAUCAUUUAUAUGGAUAAACACGCUACACCUGACACUGCUGCUUCUGAAUUCAUUAUGUCGUUGGCGAAUAGAUUGAGCGGCCUUGAUAUUUCGCAAAGUUUACAGAAAUUCAACGACUAA